CCGCCACCUCUCCUUUGUGCCUGUGCCUGCGCGUCUUCUUCUCCACUCGCGCAGCCCAGCCUCCCCUAUUUAUGGCCCCGCCCGGUCACAUCCCACCACCGCCCCCCGCUGCCAACCGAAUCGCCUGCGCCACUAGCAGAGGCAGAGCCACACCCCAAUCGUCGCCGCCCCUCGAUUAGACUUCCCACUCCAUCCCACCGUUUCAAACCAACCGGAGGCAGAGGAGUGUGUUCUUGAGCAACCCACGGCUCCGGUCCAGGAGCCGCCAUGGAUUCCCCGCGGAUGGAGCAGCAGAGCAGCAGCAGCGGCAGUAGUUCUGCCAUCACAAAUCCAAUGCAAGGAGUCGGAGGAGGAGGAGGCCCGGCGCCUGACGACCAGCAGCCCAAGAGGCCGCCGCACCUCUCCAUCGACAUCCCGGCCGCGACCAGCGCCCCCCUCACACCGACGGCGUCGGCAGAGCCAGAUGCCACACCAGCAACACCCGGCUCCAACGCCAGAAGAACACCCGGUUCUGGCUCGGGUUCCGGUAAGAGCGGUGCCCCAGCGAAGCCCCCGGCGCCGCAGCGCACGCCGUCCUUCAUGCUGAGGCAGACGGUGCGGAGCCUCCUGCCGGGAGGGGGCAGCUUCAAGUCCUCCGUCAGAGGCUACGAGGCCUCCCUCUCCAGGCUCUUCAGCGGAAGGAUCGCCAGGACGGCCUCGCUCCCGGCCGUGGACCACGCCGCCCUCUCGGCCUCCGUGCACGCCACAGACAAGACGCCGCCCAGCGUUCCUGCCGCCGCCGCUGACAAAACUAGCAUGCACCGGUCGCAGUCCCUCCCGAUGAACAUGAAGAAGUUCAGCUCCGCCAAGAGCAUCAAGAGGAUGAACUCGCUCGGCGGCGUGUACCGCGUCGUCCCCUCCACGCCGCGAGGCCCCGCCGCCACCGCCGCGACCAGCAAUGCCGUGCCGGACAUAGUCCCCACAGAACCAGGGGCCGGAGAGGGGGAGGACGACCACGGGGAGGACAUCGCGGAGGAGGAGGCGGUGUGCCGGAUCUGCAUGGUGGAGCUGUCCGAGGGGGGCGGCGCCAUGAAGCUGGAGUGCUCCUGCAGGGGUGAGCUCGCACUGGCACACACCGACUGCGCGCUCAAGUGGUUCGGCAUCAAGGGCACCAGGACCUGCGAGGUGUGCAAGGAGGAGGUCCAGAACCUCCCCGUCACCCUGCUACGCGUCCAGAGCACGCGCGCCGGCGACGCGAGCCGCGCCACCGGUCCGCGGUACGUCCGGUACAGGCUGUGGCAUGGGACACCUAUCCUUGUGGUCAUCAGCAUCCUCGCAUACUUCUGCUUCUUGGAGCAAUUGCUGGUUGCGCACAACGGCUUCGCCGCCCUGGCGAUUUCGCUGCCAUUCUCAUGCAUCCUAGGCCUCUUCUCAUCACUCACCACAACAAGCAUGGUGGCGAGGAGAUACGUGUGGAUCUACGCGGCGAUCCAGUUCCUCUUCGUUGUGUUCUUCACUCAUUUGUUCUACAGAUAUCUGCAUCUGCAGGCUGUGAUAUCCAUCAUCCUGGCCACCUUUGCGGGUUUCGGCGUGGGGAUGAUCGGAAACUCCAUCAUCAUCGAGGUACUGAGGUGGAGGACUAUGGCCCCGGCUCAGCCGCGCCGUGCUCACAGGCCACCACGUGUUGCGCAGCAGCAGCAGCCGGCCCCGGCAUCCGGUCAGCCUUCAGGCCAGCCCUCAGCCGUCGGUGAGGGACAGCGUAGCGCGACCGUCGACAUUGAGAAUCCGGCUGCCCCUCCAGCAUAAACAUAUGUAGUUGAGUUUGUGGCUAUGUGCUGUUGGUUCAUGCUUGAGAGCUUGUGUCCUUGAUGUAUAAAUGGUAGAACAAAGAGGUUGUCUGGAAGUUUUUUCAUGGUCUGGAUGCAAAAUCUGAGUUUCUUGUUGCAGCAUUUGGUGAGGAACUACAGUUGUUAGAUUAGAUAUAAGCUCCUGAAAGAGGAUUCAGUAGUAGUAUGUGUCAUGGUGUACCAAGUAUGUCAGGCAUAUGGAUAAGCUCUCUGUUCUGCUCUGCA